AUGUUGACGGAUCACGAUCGUCGAAAGCAAAUCUCGGUUCGAGGGAUCGCCCAGGUGGAGAAUGUGAGCAAUAUCAAGAAAUCUUUCAAUCGACAUCUUCACUUCUCGAUUAUCAAGGACCGCAACGUGGCCACCCCUCGGGAUUACUACUUUGCUUUGGCGAACACUGUGAGAGAUCAUUUGGUCAGUCGAUGGAUUCGCACUCAACAACAUUAUUACGAGAAAGAUCCGAAGAGAGUUUACUAUCUUUCAUUGGAAUUCUAUAUGGGAAGAACGCUGUCGAACACGAUGAUGAAUCUUGGGAUUCAGGCGACGGUUGACGAGGCGCUGUAUCAGCUGGGUUUGGACAUUGAAGAGUUGCAAGAAAUUGAAGAGGAUGCCGGCUUGGGAAAUGGAGGAUUGGGACGAUUGGCCGCAUGCUUUCUUGACUCGAUGGCCACUCUUGGGAUACCUGCUUAUGGAUAUGGGCUGCGAUACGAAUAUGGAAUUUUCAAGCAAUUGAUUAGAGAUGGAUGGCAGGUAGAAGAACCCGAUGACUGGCUUCGUUUCGGUAAUCCUUGGGAGAAAGCCCGUCCCGAGUACAUGUUGCCUGUGAAUUUCUUCGGGAGAGUUGAAAAAGAUGAUGAGGGAAAAUCGAAAUGGGUUGACACACAAGUGGUAUUCGCUAUGCCGUACGAUACACCAGUGCCCGGAUAUCGAAAUAAUGUGGUGAACACGUUGAGAUUGUGGUCAGCGAAAGCGGAGAAUCAUUUCCAUUUGAAAUUCUUCAACGAUGGAGAUUAUGUGCAAGCAGUAAUGGACAGAAAUACAUCUGAGAAUAUCACUCGUGUCCUUUAUCCAAAUGAUAAUAUGUUUGUCGGGAAAGAGCUUCGUUUAAAGCAACAAUAUUUCCUCGUCGCAGCAUCGCUUCAGGACAUCAUUCGUCGCUUUAAAUCUUCAAAAUACGGUUGUCGGGAUCUUGUGCGAGUCGAUUUCAGCACAUUCCCCGAUAAGGUGGCCAUUCAACUCAACGACACUCAUCCCUCGAUUGGAAUCCCCGAAUUGAUGAGAUUAUUGAUCGAUGUUGAGGAUCUUUCAUGGGAAGAUGCGUGGAAGAUCUGCGUUGAUACUUAUGCUUACACGAAUCACACGCUUCUCCCCGAGGCGCUCGAGCGUUGGCCCGUCUCGUUGAUGCAAACGCUUUUGCCGCGACAUUUGGAGAUCAUCUACCAGAUCAAUCAUCAGUUCAUGGAGACAGUCUCAAAGCGUUUCCCGGGAGACUUCGAUCGUAUGCGGCGAAUGUCGAUUGUUGAGGAAGCGGAUAAUCACGGAGAGAAGCGAAUCAAUAUGGCUCAUUUGUGCAUUGUGGCCUCACAUGCGAUCAAUGGAGUUGCCGCUCUUCAUUCUGAGCUUCUCAAGAGUCACACAUUCCACGACUUCUACGAGUUUUACCCGGAGAAAUUCCAGAAUAAAACGAAUGGGAUCACUCCUAGAAGAUGGCUUCUUCUCUCCAAUCCAUCAUUAGCUGAUAUCAUUUGUGAGAAAAUCGGUGAAGAUUGGACAACAAAUUUGGACGAAUUGCAAAAGUUGAAAGAGUUUGCCGACUCGGCUCCAUUCUUAGAGUCGAUUCGUCGUGUGAAGCAAGAAAACAAAUUGCGAGUGGCUCAAUAUUUAGAAGAAGAGUACAACGUGACAAUCAAUCCAUCAUCACUUUUCGAUAUUCAUGUGAAACGAAUUCACGAGUACAAGCGUCAACUCCUCAACAUUUUGUUUGUGAUCGCUCUUUACAAUCGAAUUAAAGAGAAUCCCGAUUUGAAGAUGGUUCCAAGAACAUAUCUUUAUGGAGGAAAGGCGGCUCCCGGCUACCAUAUGGCCAAGCAUUUAGAA